AUGAAAAUUGGCGAAGGAUCGUUUUCGGCGACGUUUCUGGCGACCACUGCUCCCGAUCAAAGUCUUGAUUUUAGCGAAGUAGCGAAAGUGGGAUUUAAGAAAAAUCACAUCAAACACGCCACGGAACUCAAAAUUCUACGUCAACUCGAUGGAAAGAUGUACUUCCCGAACUUUGUCUAUGGGGGUGAAUCUGGGAAAUACACAUUCCUCGUGACCGAAGAUGCGGGAGAAGAUUUGGAAAAAGUGGUUAAGAGAAAUCGGGACCCCCUUACAAACAAGAAUGUGGUCAGAUUGUCUCAUAUUGUGCAUACCGCCGUCGAUUACCUCCAUCGCAAAGGAUAUGUCCAUCGAGACAUUCAGGCCUCGAAUGUUCUUCUCCAGUUGAGAAACAGAAGAGUUCGAGUUCGGCUGUGUGAUUUCGGAGAUUCGACGGAAAUCAAUCAGCCAGCCAAAAGAAGAUCGAGCUUCAUGAGAUUGUUCAAUCGCCAGGAUGUGCCCUCUUAUCAUCAAUCGGAGAACCAUUGCCACACAGCGAUUCUUUGCUUGAAGCUGUUGGGGAAAAUGCCUGAAAUGACGCGUCGUGAAUCAAUCUUCUACAAAUCUCACAUCACCCAAUUCGAGCUUCCGGAUUUGGUGGGGGAACAUAUGUGGAUCAAGCUGAUUUGGUUGAAUCUUUCUGCAUGCUUCGACGAGAAGACAACCAAUUUCUCGUUCAUCAACACGUUCCUGGACGCUGCAAUCCCUGACUUCUCCAAGGAAUCGGAUUUGGCCUACACGUAUGAUGGAAAGCUCAAAUUGCAGAUGUUCUCACUUGACGAUUACUAA